AUGUAUAUACCUCGCGUUAUGAAAGUUGAAUUUUUUUGGUUCAUUUUUACUCGCUAAUGACUAAACCCACACAAACGCACGCGCUAAUUAGUGCCAAAUAAAUUGUGACAUUUUAAAUUUAAUACAUUUUCACAUUAAUUUGCUUUUGCCAAGGAAAAACAGAAAGAAUUGUUUUCAAAAUUAAAUGUCAAUUCCUCUGUUCAUCUAAUGAACGAUGGAGAAAAAACGCCCAGCAUCAUCAUUAGAAGCAGCUACAGCAGCUUCAACAUCAGCAGCAGUGGCAGCUUCAGCAGCAGUGGCAGCUUCAACGUCAGCAGCAGCUGAUGAAACAGAAAAAGUUAAUAAUGAUUUUCAAAGUCAAAAUGCUGGAAAAAUGAUUUGUUACAGAGAGACAUUGCUAGAGAAGGAGGGAACGAUUAUAAAUGACCCUAUCCACGGUCACAUUGAAAUCAGCCCCCUCUGCAUGGCCAUCGUAAACACCCCGCAGUUUCAGAGGUUGAGGUACAUUAAGCAGGUUGGAUCGAGUUCCCUGGUCUACCCUGGAGCUGUUCACACAAGAUUUGAGCAUAGUAUCGGAGUGUGUCACCUGGCAGAAACAUUAUGUAGAACCCUGCAACAAAAGCAGCCUGAGCUGAAUAUCACCGAAUCCGAUGUGUCAUGCGUCGCUAUUGCUGGAUUGUGUCAUGAUUUGGGCCAUGGACCUUUUUCGCACCUGUAUGAUCAGCUGUUUGUUCCUAUCUUCAGGAGAUUUGUGAAACUACCUGCUUGGAAGCACGAAAAAGGUUCAGUUGAUAUGCUAGACUACCUAUUAAAAGUGAAUAACUUGAAGCAUCUCUUCAGCGAUGACGACCUGAUAUUCAUCAAAGAGCAAAUUCUUCCCCCUCCGAACAAAGAUGAUUACAAGGGAAGAGGUCAGGACAAGUUGUUUCUCUACGAGAUUGUAGCCAACAAACGGAAUGGGAUCGACGUAGACAAGUGGGAUUACUUCCUUCGGGAUAGUUACUAUUUGGGUUUGAAAGUUUCGUUCGAUCCAGGUCGACUUCUUAAAUUUGUUAGGGUUAUCAAUGUCGAUGGGGAGAAACAGAUCUGUGCCAGGGCUAAGGAAGUGGACAAUCUGUAUGAGAUGUACCACUGCAGAAUCAGUCUCUACAAACAAGCCUACCUCCACAAGACCACCAUGAUCAUUGAUUACAUGAUCUGUGAAGCUUUGAGGCUGGCCGAUGAUCACCUCUGCUUCCCUGGCACCAAUGGAAAACUCUACAAGAUGUCGGAAUGCAUGAACGAUAUGGAGGCCUUCUGGAAAAUGACGGACGACAUCAUCCUUCGAAUUCUCCACACCCGCAAGCCAGAACUUUCCAGAUCGAGGGAAUGGAUUAGGAGAGUCUUUUCGAGGAAGCUACCUAAAAUUGUUGGACUCGUAAAGGAAUCUGAUAAUUCAAGGUUGAAAUGGAGCGCUGACUGGGUGCAUGAACAGCUCGUCAUAGAGAGUGUACUGUUAAGAAUGGGCCUCACCACUGAUGAUUUCAUCGUUAUCAAACGUUCUUUUGAUUAUGGUAUGAAAGAGAAGAACCCACUUGAAAACUGCAUGUUCUACAGUAAACAUGAUCCAGACGUUGCUUACCAAGUGAGGAAGAAUCAAGUCUCGUCAUUUUUACCUGAAAAAUUUCACGAAGUCCAGUACCUGGUCUAUUGCAACGAGGAUGAGAAAAAAAGUGUGGCCAACGAGGUCUACGUAGCCGUCUGUCUUAAACACAAUCUUCUCAUCAGCAAGGGUGCCGAGCAGAAUGGCCUGAUGAUGACGCCAAUAAGGAAAGAUUAUUUCCAGCCGUCCGACGAACCUGCUCUGAAGAAAAGGCGCGAAAGUUUGCACAGGAAUCUCGUGAACGAAUUCCUCGCCAGCAAGGGUGUCGACAUUACGGGCAACUUGUAAAAUGAACUUCUUUUUUUGUGGCAUCCUUCUUCACAAAUUUGAAAGUCGUUCACUGCUCUUGCUAUCCAGUUGUAUUUUUUGUUGUUUUUUUUUGUUGAAAAAGUUAAUAAAAAUGUGAUAAAAAGUCAUUCAUCUCAAAGAUAUUUAGGUGACAAUACCCCGGGUUUGUAUAGUUGAUAUGUGUAUGUAUGUGUGUACGUUCUAUAUUAAUUAUUACUUUUUAUUACUUAUUAUUCUCGCACGAUCAAUUUUUUCUCACGUAAUUCAUGUAAAUGGUUUAAACGUUCAGUUAAAAUCCUUCGUUAUUACUGUCUAGAUAGUUAGAUGUGUUCAUCUUCCAGUUUGAAAUGUCUCAUUAUUUUAUAUUUUUGGAUUUGAAGUUAUGAAAAGGUACA